GUUUUGGUCAUUGAUUUUGGGAUCCAAUAAUUCUCCAAGAAAAUGGGUGAUCAUCUCCCCUCAAAUAUGUAUAUAUAUAUAUCUCUCACCAAAAUCAAAAUUCCCAUAUUCUCCCACAUUUGAAAUGGGAUUUUCUUUCUUCUCACCACUCACAAAACCCUUCAAAAACUUGAUCUCCUCACACAUUGAAGAAGAUGAGUCGUCCCGCCCAUCCCCUUCAAACGUGCUACUUCCCGAUUACCUGACGACCAAAUCCGUCAACAAAGAUCACCUCCCAGUAGUCGAACGUGCAACCUUCAUAUCUCACAACAACGAAAAAGAGGGCGAUGAUGAUUGCGCAAUUUGUUUGAAAAGAAUAGAGGCAUGGCACAAUGUGAGGCAACUUAACAAAUGCGAGCAUGCUUUCCAUGUUGAGUGCCUCGAUUCUUGGAUCGACCGCGGUGGUGACACAUGUCCCGUGUGUCGAGCCUGGCUCGUCUCCGGGGAGGUGGGCCAUGGGAAGGAUCCAUGGAGGUCGGAGAGAAUGGUGUACUUGUUUGGAGAAGAUUGCUUGAUGGAGGAGCUUCAAUGAGAUGUAUGUUACAAACUUUGAUUAAUAAUUACUCUAGUUUGGAGUUGCAUAAAUAAAAUAUCUAUAUAAACGAGUGAUGGUGAUUUUCCUUUA